CUGCGUCCUGUGCUCUGUAGGCAGUUCUGUAUCGAGGAGCUGGAGCACAGCCGGGACUUCUUCAACAACCAGAACCGGCUGCUGAGGCUGCUGCUGUCCAUGUUCACGCUGCUGUCGGCCAACUCCGAGCUGGUCUGCUACCUCAUCAUCGUGCUCAACAACGUGGUCAGUGCCUCGGUCAUUUCGCUGGUCCUGCCCAUGCUGGUGUUCCUAUGGGCCAUGCUGGCUGUUCCGAGGCCCACCAAGAGGUUCUGGAUGACUGCCAUCGUGUACACAGAGGUGAUGGUGGUGGUCAAAUACGUUUUCCAGUUUGGAUUCUUUCCCUGGAACAGUCAGUACUAG